UUUUUGUUUUGAUUUUCAGACCACUUUUAGCAACUGCUGAUUAGGUUUCUUAAUUGUAGUUAAUUUACGUGGUACUCAAAUACGUUUUUAAAAUGUUGCUUAGACAUUUAUUAAAUUGCGCUACAACUAGAGUGAAUAAAUUCACUGCAGCUACAUGCGUAUUAGGCUUCAAUUCAGUACGUGGUAUUAGUUACGUGCAGGGCCAAGAACCAGAGCCAAAAAUACGUGAAUAUUUUUAUUUUAUAGAUCAUGAGGGAAUGCUAUUUUUGGAUGAUGCUAAAAUGAAGAACUUCACUUCAUGUUUUAAGGAGAAGAAAUUUCUCAAAUUUUUCUUCAGUCGUCUAAAACUGAACGAUACAAAACGAUAUCGCGAGGAUUUCCCAUAUCUAUCCCUAUGUGGACGCGAACGCAAUUUUAUACGUUGUGAUGAUACGCCAAUUGUCUUCACACAUGUAUCACAAAAUUAUGAAGAUAAUGAUCGCUUGUUAUAUGCGCAUGGCGGGGAACAGCUAUGCACCGAAUUUCUGCCACAAAAAAUGUAUAUGAACCCUCAAACAGGUCGGGUUUACCAUCCUGCCUGGCCUAAAGUGGGUGGCAUCGGUCUGAUACGUUCGAAAUUAGCUAUUGAGCUGAGCCGAAAUUUUGAAUUUAUUAACGGUGAGCAGGAACCGCCCACACAUUUUACGUGGCGGGGUCAACGUGUACAACUGGAAAAUGAUUGGGUGGAGCAUACGCAACGCUAUGGAAUAUUUGAGCAAGCAACACACAAUUAAAGUUGUGAUAAACUUUCGAUAAAUAUAUUUUUCAUAAUGUUAAAUACUAGCAAUAUAUUAGUAAAUUAAAAAAAAAAUACGUAACAUUUUUAUAA